AUGCACCAUAUAUAUUCUCUGUUGCCACUGCGAGAUGCUGCUCGUGCCGCCUGCGUCUCCCAUGGAUUUCUGCUUUUCUGGAGAUGCUAUUCCAACCUUACAUUCAACGUGUCAACACUUGGUUUGGCUCACAAGAAAUCCGAGGAUUGGGGAAUCUUUCUCAUCGAUAUAGGUGACCGCAUUCUUAAGAACCAUUCUGGCAAUGGGGUGGAGACACUCGAUCUCUGCCUCCUAUCUUGCGAAAACAUUGACCCUUCCUACCUGGACAGAUGGCUGCAGAUUGCUGUUCGUUCGGGGAUCAAAGAACUUAAAUUGGAGAUGUCUUACUUCAUGAAGAAAAAGUACAGCUUCCCAUGUUCGGUUUUUUCUGAUGAUGCAGCUGCAGGUUCAAUUCGGUCUCUUUGCCUCAGCGCUUGCGUUUUUCGUCCCACAACAACACUUGGCUGCUUGAGAAGACUGAACGCAUUAUCUCUGUUUUCUGUCCAGAUUACUGAUGAGGGAUUAGGGCACUUGCUCUCGAAAUCUUUCGCCUUGCAGCAGUUAUUUAUCUUUCGAUGCAAUGCGAUAAUAUGCUUGAAGAUACCUUCCAUGCUGCAGCAACUCAAGCUCCUCACUAUUAAAUUGUGUGAGAAGCUGCAGGUGGUAGAGAUCAAUGCUCCAAGGCUCUCCUCUUUUCACUUUCAUGGAGCCCUAGUAAAAAUCUCGGUUGUGGAUCCUUCACCGCUUAGGGAUGUGUAUUUUUCAUCUCCCCGUCCGUCACGCAUGCUGUCUUAUGCUCGUACUAGGCUUCCAUCCAUCACACGGAAUGUUAAGAGCCUGACCCUGGUGUCUUUUGAUGAGGUAUGCGUUGGGUUUUUACAGGAUGUCAACAUUCCAAUGCUGCACUCCAAGUUUCCCCGUCUCAAGAAGUUGGAAAUUAACAUCAAAAGACCACAAGCUGUUCUGUCUUUGGUUUCCUUUCUUGAUGCUUCUCCGGGCUUGGAUUCAUUCAUCCUACGCGUAGAUGGGAAUUUCUUGGGGCCUGAUUCUAUUGUUGGAGGUGAGAAUGCCGCUGAUGAUCCAAGGUGGAAGCCACAGUGCCGACAUGAUUGUCUCAGACAGGUGAGGAUCAUAGGCUUUUGUUUAGAAAAAAAAUCUGGUUCAGUUUGUGAUCUAUAUCGUUGA